AUGAGUUGCAUUGUUUGGAACUACAGGGGGCUUGGGAACCAACUAACAGUUCAAGAGCUUGCGGAUGUGGUGCAGGCAAAAGCUCCCGCAGUCGUGUUCUUAGCCAAAACAUUGGCAAACAAAGCAAGGCUAGAGUAUGUGAAAGAUCGGAUUCGUUUUGACAAGAAGUUUUUUGUUCAGAGGAUAAACAAAGGUGGAGGUUUAGUGGUUUACUGGAAGAAUGACAUUUUAGUUGAUGUAGUUUCCUCUUCUUUGAACCAUAUUGAUAUGGUCAUCAAUAAAAACUCAAAGGCAGUUUGGCGGUUUAUAGGCUUCUACAGUGAGCCUGAGACACAUAAAUGGCAUGAGUCAUGGGACCAUCUUCGUUGUUUACACCAACUAAACUUGUUACCUUGGCUGUGCACCGGGGACUUCAACGAGAUUGUUAAGCAAUCAGAGAAGCUUGGAGGAUUGAAGAGAGUGCUUCCGAAUAUUAUCUCAGAACAUCAAAGUGCCUUCCUAAAAGGUUGUCUUAUUACAGAUAAUAUCCGAGUUGCUUGUGAAACACUACACUAUAUGAAGAAUCACAAUUCUGGUAAUUCGGCGUUCAUGGCUCUCAAACUCGAUAUGAGUAAGGCCUAUAACCGGGUUGAGUGGUCUUUCUUGAAAGUGGUGAUGACACAAAUGGGCUUUAAUGACCGAGCUACCAUUCAUGAUUGUCAAAAGGUGAUGGAUAUUCUAUCUUCUUAUGAGAAGGUGUCGGGGCAGAAGUUGAAUAGAGACAAAACAGCUCUCUUCUUCAGCAAAUCUACCUCAGGUGACAUGCAAAGGCAGAUUAUGGGAGCCCUUGGAGUAACCGAGUUGAAGCAAUAUGAAGAAUAUUUGGGUUUGCCAACCAUGGUGGGUAGGAAUAAAAGAGCAAGCUUUGACCAAUUGAAGCAAAAGGAAGCAGAGAUUAUCAAGAACAUUCCUCUGAGUUCUACAAACCAAUUGGACAAACUGAUUUGGCCGUUCACUCCCUCGAGCAACUACUUAGUAAAAUUGGGUUACCGAUUUUUAAAUGAGAAUUCGGAGCAAUCUCAGAGUUCAGUUCAAGAUACAGCCUUUUGGAAGAAAGUAUGGGGUAUGGAGGUCCCUAGCAAGAUUAAAAAUUUUGUAUGGAGAGCUAGCAAAGAAACACUGCCUGUCAAGAAGAAUCUGUGUCGCAAGAAGAUUACACAAGAUGGUCAAUGUGAAACCUGCAAAGCGGGAGAAGAAGAUUGCUCACAUGCCCUUUUCUUUUCUUCUGAUGUGCAGGUUAUGUGGAAUAUGGACCCCUAA